ACAUUAAUAGAAUAGAUAGAAAUGGAGGCUCCACAGAAGAGAUGCCGUAAAUCUGUGGUGUGGGAGCAUUUCCAUUUGGAAACCCCAAAUAAAGUGAGAUGUAUGUAUUGUGAUAGGCAGCUAGCCUACUUCAACAAUACAUCAUCCAUGAUGCGCCAUUUGAGGAGCACUCAUCCUGCCAUUUUGCAGUGUGCAGAGGAUGGUAACAUUCCCCCUGUACCUAGGCCUGCUACUGACACUGCUGGGCCAUCUAAACAAGGCAGACAGAGGGAAUUGGAUGAGGCUCUUGUAGACAUGGUGGUAAAGGAUUUGCAGCCCUUCACUAUCGUGGAGGAUGAGGGUUUCAUGGCUUUUGUGAACAAACUUGAUCCAAGCUAUGUCCUCCCAUCCCGGAAGGCACUUAAAACGAUGGUAACCGAAAGGUACAACAUUUCUAAGGAGAAGACAAUGGAGGACCUAAAAAAGGCAGAUUUUGUUAGCCUUACAGCUGACAUGUGGUCCUCCAUUAAUAUGGACGGAUACCUUGGUGUUACUUGCCACUACAUAACACCAGAGGCAAAGCUGGCAACUGUUGUACUGGGUGUAAGGAGGUUUUACCAAACACACACAGCCCAGCAUAUCAUGGAGGCUAAAGCUUUGCUAAUGGCCGAGUGGGGAAUAACCACCAAAGUUUAG